AUUCAUCAUUUUUGCACUUCCGUGAAUCAGAUUGUGACAUAGGAGGGUCUUCAUCUUGUGAAUCUAUGCUUUCUCUCAACACAGAAAAAAUUCUGAGUCAAGCGAAGUUGCUUGCAGAGCAAAAACGAUUUCCAUUUGCUACUGAUAAUGACAACACAAAUGAAGAAUUGGCAAUUGCUUACGUGUUGAUUGGCAACGGCUUGUAUGAUGAAGCCAUACGACACUUUUCAACAAUGCUGCAGGAAGAACCAGAGCUGGUUAGUGCCAUUUAUGGACGAGGGAUAGCAUAUGGCAAAAAAGGACUACAUGAUAUGAAAAAUGCUGAACUUGCACUGUUUGAGCUCAGUAGGGUGAUUAGUCUAGAACCAGAUCAUCCUGAAGUAUUUGAACAGCGAGCAGAAAUAUUGUCCCCACUAGGACGAAUCAGUGAAGCAUUAUCUGAUCUCACCAAAGCUAUUCAGCUACAACCAUCAGCACGGCUCUACAGGCACAGAGGUACCCUUUACUUCAUAUCUGAGGAUUAUGCAACAGCCCAUGAGGAUUUUCAGCACUCAUUGGAACUGAACAAAAAUCAGCCUAUAGCUAUGCUUUAUAAAGGCUUAACCUUUUUUCACAGAGGACUUUUGAAGGAAGCCAUUGACUCAUUCAAAGAAGCUCUGAAGCAGAAAGCAGACUUCAUAGAUGCAUAUAAAAGUCUGGGACAAGCCUACAGAGAACUUGGCAACUUCGAUGCUGCUACAGAGAGCUUCCAGAAGGCUUUGCUCCUAAAUCAAAAUCAUGUUCAGACGUUACAGCUCAAAGGAAUGAUGCUUUAUCAUCAUGGUAGCUUAGAUGAAGCACUAAAGAAUUUCAAGAGAUGUCUACAGCUGGAACCGUACAAUGAAGUAUGCCAGUACAUGAAAGGCCUCAGCCAUGUUGCAAUGGGACAAUUUUAUGAAGGCAUAAAAGCUCAGACUAAAGUUAUGUUAAAUGAUCCGCUACCAGGUCAGAAGGCCAGCCCAGAAUAUCUGAAAGUUAAAUACCUCCGAGAGUAUUCUAGAUACUUACAUGCGCAUUUGGAUACCCCUCUUACAGAGUAUAAUAUUGAUAUAGAUCUUCCUGGAAAUUUCAAAGACCACUGGGCCAAAAAUCUUCCUUUUCUUAUAGAAAAUUAUGAAGAACAGCCAGGGUUACAGCCACAUAUAAAGUGA